AAAACAUCAUUGUCCUCUCCCCCGUGGCCCGAAGUCAAACUGCCAGAUCCAAUAGAAGAGGCAAAGUACCAUGCAGAGGUCGUGCAAAAGGUGAAUGAGAUGAUUGCCACUGGGCAGUAUGGAAGGCUCUUUGCUGUGGUUCACUUUGCCAGUAAGCAGUGGAAGGUAACCAGCGAAGAUUUGAUUUUAAUGGAAAACGUGCUGCCAGCUGAAUGUGGAGACCGAAUCCGACUGGAGAAGGUUUUGCUGGUUGGUGCCGAUGACUUCACGCUUAUUGGAAAGCCACUUCUGGGGAAAGAUCUUGUCCGUGUGGAAGCCACAGUUAUCGAAAAAACAGAAUCUUGGCCAAGAAUUAACAUGAGAUUUUGGAAAAGACACAAUUAUCAAAGGAAGAAAAUUAUCGUGCAGCCACAGACGGUCCUCCGGAUAAACACCAUAGAAAUUGCUCCCUGCUUGUCAUGAUCAAUUGGUGGUCUAGUAGGGCUAGGUUUAUUUUUACUUCUUUAGGAAGUAUGGAAAUAAAGAACUCUUGU